UACAAGGGAAUAAGUAUAAAGAGCGUGCUACAAAGAAUUCUUUUUAAGAAAUGGUUACAAUAUCGUUGCUUUAUACGAAAGUCCAACCUAAAACCUAUGAAAUGUUUAAGGUUAUGUUUUACUAAAACAUGAAUUUCUAGUAUUAAUAAAGCGAAUCAACAAAAACAAACUGGACCAGUUUACAUGAAUGGAUGAUGCUUGGAGGCAAUGAACGGAAUGGAGAGACAUGGGCAUGGACAUGGACAUUCACAUGCACACUUGCAUCGUCAUCGUCAUUCGCAUGGAAAUUCACAAAGUGCAUCACAAAACACGAAUCAAUCAUCAAAACAUAGCCACACCCAUGUAACACAUUCACAGAAGGAUGCAUCUAUUGUACAAACACCUCAGAAACCAAGAAAUUAUAAAUUACUAGUUGAUCCAUUUUUAGUGAAAGGUGCAUCAAAAUUAUAUAGAUACGAUGGUAUGGUUCCAGGAGAUCCAACUUAUCCUGAAGUUCAGCCACGAGAUCCAAGAUCACAGUUAACAAGAAUAUGGACUCGUUUAGAGCAACUUGAUUUGCCUGUACCUAGAUUUAAAAUUGACUCUAAUUACUGUGGUGAACCACCUCCGCUUGAAGUAACAUUUUGCCAUUUGAACGACAAUAUUGAUAAGACUUUUUUAACAGACAUGGUUCAGAAAUUUGGAGUUGUAGAAGAACUCACUGUUUACUAUCAUCCAGUAACUAAUAAGCAUCUUGGAAUCGCGAGAGUAGUAUUCGAAAGUACGAAAGCUUCAAAAGCAUGUGUAGAAAAAUUAAAUAACACAUCUGUGAUGGGCAAAGUUUUAAGAGUGUUUCUGGAUGCAUUUGGAGAAGAGUGUAAAAAGAUCUACGAUGAAUUAACUGUUGAGAAAAAAGCAGAAAAGAAAGUAGAAAAAGAAGUUAAAAUUGAAAAUGAUCAAGGAAAACAAACACCUAUUGAUAAAAUUACUGAAGAUAGAGAUGAUUUCAGAAGUAAUAAAAAAAUCGCGUCAAGUAUAGAGAAAUCCAGAGAUACAUAUGUAGAAAACUCAAGAUACAGCAAGUAUAGAGAUUAUCCUACUCCUAGUGGUAGUACUGGAAGCGAUUUAGGCUACGGUACUGCACCUAGUGAAUUAAAUUAUUCUAGUAAUUACUCUCAGAAUUCUACUCCAGCCACAAAUUAUGAUUUAUUUCCACCAAAUUAUUAUGGUGGUUACCAUCAUCAACCCCCGAAUAAUUAUUUAGCAAAUAUGCCUCAGAAUGUAUCACAAAAUCUUUCAAUGCAACAAAAUUCAAGUAUGUGGUGGGGAAAUAACACAGGACCAGCUGGUUAUGCGUCAUCGUCUAUGUGGCCUGUACAACAUGGAACAAAUUUAGAUAAUUCUAAUUCUAAUGCAGUUCCAAUUACAAAGGUUUCUAAUGUAAAAAUGCAUCAUACUACUCCGAAAAAGGAAAAAGAAAAAGAAAAUCAGAGUGGCACAAAAAACUAUUCGAGAGACUCACCAGUAGAAACUCGUAAAACAUUAGACUUAGAUACAAGAAUUGCCAUGCUAUUAAAGGAUAAAGCAGGAGGAAUGGCACCACCCUUCUUACAAUUUGGUAGCGAUUCUGAAGAUGAAAAGAAGUCUGUUGCUGCAGACAAUGAAAUGCUUUCAGAACCACCAAGUCCUUUUUUGUCACAUGAAACAUAUAAAUCAUGCUUUGAAAAAAUGAGAGAAAGGAGUAAGGAAAGGUGGAAGAUACAUGAAAAUAACAUCAAUCAGUUUUCUGUUGAUGAAGAAUUAGGUAGUGUUAUAAGUUCGAGUGAAGAUGAGGCGUUACUGGGAAGUUACAGUCCUGCACCAGAUGAAAUUGAGCCAGAACCACCAAAAGAACCACCACCUCCACCACCUCCUGAUGAUGAUAGGAUGUCAUUAAGUCCAUUAAGUUCAGGAGAUGAAAAAAUUGAAGAGGUGAUAGCUCAAACGGAACCUACGAGUCAGUUAUACCCAGGAGCUGGUUAUCCUGGACAUUUAGCCCAUUAUCCCACCAGUGAUAUGUAUAAUUGGCCACGACCAGCACAAUAUCCAUAUCCUUAUGGAACAACAUACUUACAAAGUCAUUAUCAACCUAAUACGACAUCAUUUUCUGGAGCAGUAGGAAAUCAUCAAGGAGCAAAUUAUUAUUCAUCUUUUCAGUCGCGGCUUAAUGCCAUGGCAAAUCACAACAUUACAAAAGAUAAUCCACAGGGCCCUACUAUUAACGGAGUCUUGAACAGAGUUGUAAAUGAGUUGAAACAAAUUUUAAAAAAAGACUUCAACAAGAAAAUGAUUGAGAACACUGCAUUCAAAUUGUUUGAAGUAUGGUGGGAUGAAAAAAAGUCGGAGAAAAGUCAAAUUCAAGAAGGAGAUAAUACUAUUGUUAAUAACAGUAAUAAAGAAGAGGGCUCAAAACCUCAAGGAAUAUCAUUGCUUUUAGAACAAGCAACACCGCUUGGAUUUAAUUACGAUGGAUUUGGUUUGGGAAUUAGAGCUAGUAUGCCAAAGAUGCCGUCUUUCAGGCGCAAAAUUAAAGCUCCAAGCCCAUUACCACAAGAUGAAGAUAGUCGUCAGUCGGACCAUGGUGAUACUGAAAUCAUAGAAAGCGAUAGCGAUAUUGACUUAACAUCUGUACAGAAAGUGAAAAGGCCAAUUACUUCUCUUCCAAGUGUUUCGUCAUCGUCUUCAUCUUCAUCCUCGGCGAGCGAAAGCAGUAGCGACGAAAUGAGUUGCAGCGAAUCUUCAAGCAGUUCAAAUGAUAGUUCCGAUGACGAAGUACGUUCUGGAAACUUUGAAUAUGAGCAAGACACAGAUAGUCGUAUAUCAGAUAAUCGUCCUUUAGCCUCGAAUAGUGAAGAUCCUGAUAUUCUAACAGAACUUGCAAUUCAAAGAUCUCUAGACUGUCCAACCCCAACUGGCCGAGAAACGCCAAUACCGAACAUUAAAAUAAAGGAUGUAAAUUCAAACGAAUUCCCACAAUACGAAAAUGAAGCUAGUCCUGAUACAUCUCCCUUAAGGUAUGAAAAUCAAAAGGAAGAAAUGGGAACGACAAACGAAAAGUCUGUCGACGAAGAACACUUGGAGAAGCCUAGGGUAGUGGUUAAAGGCGCGGGAUUGACAAGUACAGAGAUUGAGGCACAAAAAGUAGCGAAGAGUACCCAUACUGUAAUACCAGUACCAGCGAAACAAGAGCCUCGUGAUAUGCAGAAAAUGGAGAAUUCUGCAGCUGAAGCUUUAAUAACAUUAGCUGGACAAGAUAAUAUUAUAAGACAUAGAAGUCCAGGACCUUUACAACCAAAUAUUAUUAGAGCCCUUCAAACUAUGUCUGCUAAAUACAUUAAUGAUGAACCCAUAUUGAAGGAAUCAGAAAAAAUUGAAAUGUUCAGUGAGAUUCCAACUACAGAUUCGGAGGAAGAAAGCUUAGAAAUCAGGAGAUUAAGGUAUCAAGCCGAAGCUGAUCUUCGAUUAAAUGGUCAAAGAAGUCCAAGUUCGCCUGGUUCUCAAGCUUCGCAAGUAUACAUGGAACACUCUUAUUCGUUGCCACCAUCACAGACAGAAGUUAUAGAAUUUGUAGCUCGUCCACCUCCAGCACCAAUAAAACCUGCAAAAAUAAAGACCUCAAAAAUUAUGAAAUUGGCUAAGGGCAAAGAUAAGACGCAUAAAGUGGAAAAACGAAAAUACAAAUACACAAAGAUACAUAGUGAACAGAACCAUGAAGGGGAGAAAGAAAAUAUUCAAAAUGAAUUUGUUUAUGAAAAGUAUCCCAACAAAGUUAUUCAAGAACCAACACUGACAUACAAGGAACGCGAUCUUAUGUCGGAAAUGGCUAUUUUGUAUGAAUUUUUAACUAGAGGUAUAGAUGCAGAGGAUGUCGAAUAUUUAAGACGAAGUUACGAAGCUUUAUUAGCAGAUGACAGUCAAGGAUACUGGUUGAAUGAUACACAUUGGGUGGAUCAUCCAGCAACAGAUAUUCCAAGUCCUGCGAAACGAAGAAAAAGAGAUGAACUCAGAUUACAUGUAAGCGGAAGUGCAAGAACAGAAGGAUAUUACAAAGUUGACAUACGAGAAAAAGCCAAACACAAGCAUCACUAUGCGCAAAGUAUACAACGCAGUCAUGACGUUGAAGAUAGUAAUGGUUCUUAUGCCGGAGGUGAUGGAACAAUGAAUGGUCCAAAGAACAAUACUAAAGCUUUAACUGGUAAAAUGCAAGCUCUGUCCCGUGAAGCCCGAAGUAAUCAACGUCGAUUAUUGACGGCCUUCGGUAUUGAUACCGACAGUGAUCUUCUUAAAUUCAAUCAGCUAAAGUUUAGGAAAAAGCAGUUGAAAUUUGCCAAAUCUGGAAUACACGAUUGGGGUCUAUUUGCUAUGGAACCAAUUGCAGCUGAUGAAAUGGUUAUAGAAUAUGUUGGCCAAAUGGUUAGGCCAGUUGUUGCUGAUUUAAGAGAGUCUCAAUACGAAGCUACCGGUAUUGGUAGUUCUUAUCUUUUCCGUAUUGAUUUAGAUACAAUUAUUGAUGCAACGAAGUGUGGCAAUUUAGCACGGUUUAUUAAUCAUAGCUGCAAUCCGAAUUGUUAUGCAAAAGUAAUUACAAUCGAAAGCCAAAAGAAAAUUGUAAUCUAUAGUAAACAACCAAUAGGAGUUAAUGAGGAAAUUACAUAUGAUUAUAAAUUUCCAUUGGAGGAUGACAAAAUUCCUUGCCUAUGUGGAGCUCCUCAAUGUCGGGGUACCCUGAAUUGAACCGUUCAUAAAACUAUAUUGUUCACCCUUAUUUCCUGUCUUCUACACUGUCAUCAUACCCUGCUCAUAUUUUUGUAAAUAUU